AUGGCUGAAGGGUUUGUGAAACAAAUAGAAAAGAAGGUGCCGGAGGAUGAAGCAGAGGACUACCUGAAUCACCUAAUUGGUAGUAACCUAAUAAUGGUUUCCACCAGGGGAUACAAUGGCAGUGUCAGAACAUGCCGUAUUCAUGAUCUGGUAGGUAGCUUUUGUCUGACAAAAGCCAAGAAAGAUAAAUUCUUGAUGCAAACAGACAGUGAACAAUCCAGUCCACAUUCGGAAUUGACUUCUACUACUUAUGAUCGGUUUUGUUUGCUUAAAAGGAAUGAUAAAUAUCUUUCUCCUGAUUCAGCUAUGUCACUUAAUCCUAGUCUUGGCACGCUUUUGUGCUUUUCAUCACAUAAUCCUAACCUUGGCACAAAUUCCCUCUUUGGAUGCCAUGUGGAUCUUUCCUCUGGUUUAUGGGUAGCUAGCACAUUCAAACUUGUGAGAGUACUGGACUUGGAGUCCGUAUUUGUGGGCAAAUCAUUUUUGUCCAUGGUGGAGUUUCUCCUUUGUUUAAGGUACCUUGCUGUUUGUCUAAUAGGGUGGGGUUCAGUUCGACAGCCAUCUCUAAAGCAUCUUCACCAUCUAGAAACAUUCAAGGUGAAAUCAAGUAUGGAUUUGCAUUUACCAUUCAUGAUUUGGAAUUUAGAGGGUUUGAGACAUUUGCAUAUAGAUCACUAUUGUCAUUGGUGCCUCAAUAGUAGAAAUUUUUUCCGUAUACCCCCAAAGCCUUUAAAUCUCCAAACCUUUUCCGUCCCGAUCCUAUUCAGCUCACGCAUGGAUGAGCAUCUGUUGAGGAAGCUUCCUCAUCUCCAAAAACUUAGAUGCAGAUUUUCAAAUUCAUGGUAUAGGAAUUGCUGUAGAUUCCCUAAGUUGGGAUUUCUUGAUCAGCUUGAAUCUCUGGAAGCAUGUUACGCCAGUGACCAUCUGAAUGCACCAAUCCAUUCCGCAUUUGACUUUCCACCAAGUCUCAAGGAAUUGACACUCCACAAGUUUCGCCUGCCAUGGGAUGGCAUUUCAGUAAUUGCCAAGCUUCCCCGUCUUGAGUUUCUUGAACUGUUCUCAGCAUUUGAUGGUGAGCAAUGGGAUGUUGAGGAAGGGAACUUCCGCAAACUCAAGUUCUUGAGAAUAUGCGAAUCCAGGAUUGUGAGAUGGAAUGCCACUGCUGAAUCUUUUCCCAAACUUGAGCGACUGGUUGUGGCAAAAUGCAGGCAUCUUGAAGAGGUGCCAUCUGAUUUCGAAGAUAUUACUACUCUACAAGUAAUUGAAAUUGAUCAAUGCAACAGCUCUGUCGCUCGCUCAGUCAAGAAAAUUCAGGAAGGCAUGGAGGCACUGGGAAACGAGAACCUAAAUGUUCGCGUACUCAAUUCUGAUCUGGAACUAGGAAACUGGUACUUAUAA